AUGUCUUUUAAAGAUGUUAGAGAUCUCUCGGAACACCUAAAGCUUCUGGGCUACCCCAACAACAUUCCGAUUUCGGUAUUGAACACCCCAUUCGGUGGACCAGAGAGUUUCGUUGCCUACUCGGACAUACUGACAUGGCUUAUCAGUCGACUGGAUCCCAACUUACAGCUUGCAGGCGGCACUCGCAGUGAACAGGACCGUAUUGCUUUCGUACGUUCGGCUACAGAGUUUUUAGUGACAAAAUCCAACAUUAAGGUGAACCCACGUAAGUUGUAUGCUAGCUCGGCAGCAGCAUCCGCUGAGCUGCUCAAGGUCACUUCCCUAUUAAUUUCGUCACCAAAAGUAACCGGAGCGGACGAUGAAUCAAUAAAAUCUCAUGUUGAGAUCGAUCUAUCCGAUAAAAUAGAUGAUUUGAAAAAAGUGCGUGGGCUAUCGUCCGAUCUAACUAAUAGAGGAGCAGCCCUGUACGAUCUGCUCCGAAAAGAACUGGUGAACAGAGAGACUCGUACCAUUCAAUCUAGCCGCCCAUUAGAGCUGGCAACGGUUGAAAAAGUAAUCAAAUCCGCAAUAAGUACACUAGAGUCGAAGCUUGUCAGCUCCAGGGCAACAUUGGAGAGUCUCAAAGCUGAAAAUGCUAAUCUACUUUCUAAAAUACAACGUAAAUCAUCCGAGCUAGAGCGGUCAAGACAACGUUUGCAAGCCCUGCAGAAAGUUAGACCAGCUUAUUUGGAAGAAUUCGAAAAGCUCGAGAUCGAGUUGAAGAAUCUCUACGAGCAGUACAUUAUCCGUAUUCGUUGUGUAGACGCUUUAAAAUCUCAGCUAAUUAGCAAGAAUCGUACCCCGACACCGACUUCGCCGAUUGCUAAAAUGGUGGAUAACAGCUUGACAAUUCUGCCUGAAGGCUUGAUGGAUUCGGAUGAUGAAAACGACGAUGAUUUAGAUGACUUCGAUGAGCGAGAAGAUGUAAAACUGAAGUCGGACAAAAGAGUGCUAAGGAGCGAGCUCUUGAAUCGAGACCGCGGAUCCACACGGUUCCGCAGCAGACAUGGUGAGGGAGGAGCUCCCCCGAUGAGUGGGCGUGAUCGAGUUCGAGUGAUCGGUAGUAUGAACGAUGAUUUGGGACCAUUGGAUAGUUCUCUCGGUAGCUCUGCUGAGUCGGAAAGUGAUCUGGAAAUGAACGGCAGCAACGGACUAAUCGAUGAGCUGCGCACGGACGAUGAUGACGAAGACGACGAGAGUUUAACAAAAUUGGCAAGGGAAAAUUCCACUCUAAACCGCAGCGCUAAGCAAGAUCAAAGUGAUGAGGACUUCUGA